UUUGCCACGUGGCAGAUAGGGUAGCACUAGCACCAGCACCAAACCAAGUUCCUCCUUUAUAUACCUUCCUUACGUUCCCUCCUACUAUCACAAAACAAAACUUCCAAAAAUUCUAUACUACAUAUAGAUAUACUAGUAAUGGCAGUAGCAGCAACAACGAUGGCAGUCACCUUGGUGCCAAAACACCAAACACCAGGGAUGAUAGCCGCAUUUCCUACUAACGUCGGCCAAGCCGUGUUUGGGUUGAAGGCAGGUGCUCGAGGAGGAAGGAUAACGGCAAUGGCUACCUACAAGGUGACCUUGAUCACACCCGAGGGCACCAAGAAAAUCAAUUGCCCGGAUAACGAGUACAUCUUGGAUGCUGCUGAGGAGCAGGGAUUGGACUUGCCCUACUCAUGUAGGGCAGGCGCGUGCUCUUCAUGCGCCGGUAAGGUGACAAGUGGUAGUGUAGAUCAAUCUGAUCAAAACUACUUGGACGAUGACCAAGUGAGCGAAGGGUGGGUACUUACUUGUAUAGCUACCCCUACUAGUGAUGUUACUAUUGAGACUCACAAGGAAGCUGAGCUUAUGGAUUAAUGCAUUUUCAGUUUUUGUUGUAUGUAUCCUACUCAUAGUUGUGGGUUAUAUUAGAUGGAGGUGUUUACUUCCUAAAUAAGUUAUGGUUACUAAUUUGUGAAAAGUACCAUGCUUAAUAAAUUAAUACACUCUUUUAGAACAA